AUGUCCUCCACAGGAACUCCAUCCCCAGCAAGCACCAAAAGCAAAUCAACCAGCCUCCGCACCCUCUGGUCCGGCACCCAAUCCACCCUCAAACGCAUCCUCUCCUCCCACCUCAGCCUCGGCCUCAGCAACCGCACACCUUCGUCGCUUCUCUCGAGAACAGCCUCGCGGUCCGAGCGGGGCAGCGCCGUUCGCUAUAUCAUCACUUUACCUCCCACGCCCUCGCCCCCGACAAGUACGACUCCAGGAUGCCUCUCACUGAACCUGUGUCUACGAUGCCGGUGUUGCCGCUUCAAUGGGGAGUGUAUUAUUGCGAUUGCGUGUCCGCCUGUGGCUGUGUACCGCGGGGCGGCGGGACGGAAAGUUGACAAGAGGGUUGGGGUUGCGGUUGUGUUGACUAUUGUCGGAUGGGUUCCUGGAGUGAUUUGUAAGGAAAAUAUGGAUGGAUGA